AUGCCGGCAAGCCGCAUUCUCGAGAAACUUUUACCUGUCGUCAAGCCGACCGACAUGAGGAACGGUGAGUUCUUGGGGUUUUCGCUGCAUUAAUUAAUGAGCGGUCAUUGUUUCCUCGUAAGCCUCUGCGUAGAAACAAUAAGCUUCUCUUGGGGUAUAGCUCGUUCACUGCUGUUCUGCGACAUUUUUUAACUAAGGUAUUCCUUCAGUCAUCGAAACAGUAUUGUGAGAUUCUAGGUCAACACGAUUUUACUGAGUGGGUCCAAGUGAGUGCGGAACAUGAACUUUUUUCUUUUUGUUCUGAGCUUUCAUUCUAUGCCGAACCUGAAAAAUAAUGGAAAGUAAACAGUGACAAGGGGAGGACAAUGCAUUUUUAUUUUGGAAAAAUUUGAUCGAAAAAUCAAGAAGAGAAAUGAGCCAUUUAGACGUUUUUUAUGUAUUGAAUAAUUCCCUGAUGUCUCACUAUAUUAAGAGCAAUUUUUAGAAAAAUGCCCUUUUUCACGCUGAAAACUCUUGAAUUGAGUUCGAGUGUUUAGGUAAAACAUUGUUUAUCUUGAAAAAAACCUACGGUAAAUGAACUUGUGAUUUUUUGAGAAAACACAAAAAAAUUGAAUUAUCUGAUUUCGCGGGUUCUAGUUUAGACCCUUAUGUGUUGAAAGGAAGUUUGGAAAUAACCUACUAGUUAAUUGAAACAAAAAAAUUUCAAUGAGAAAACUGAAAAGAGAGUUAUGAGUAAUAUUUGCAGUUAAAUAUGGCCUUACCAACUUUGACGUUAAGUAAUUGAAAAAAAAACUUUUUUGUUUAAACGCAAUCUUCUAGAAAAUCGUACAAAACACAAACCGAGAAAACGCUAAUAGUCCACAAUAUUUUGUGAUGACUUUGCAUACUUGCAGACGAUUUUGUAGAAAAUGUCAUCUAAGUACGUGAAGUCGUAGAUAAGUGGAGUUAAUGGCGACCUCAACAAAGAAUUUUUCUGUACCACAUUGUGUCGAAAUAUUUUUUCCAAGUGGAGGUGGGAGUUCCUUUAAUCUCCACGAAACGUUUCUGUCAUUCCUUCUGAAUCUUCAAAUGAUCACCGUAGCCAUGGCCUCUGCAAGUGAGUUCCUACUUUGUUUUCUGCACCUUGUACUUUUAGGCAUCACGAUGAUAGAGAAUAAAAUGAAAAAUUUCUCGCUAAUUUCCACCUGCUCGGUUGAGCUUUCAGUUUUUUAUAUGAACGAAUGGCUAAUUUUUCUGACGCACGAGUCCGGCACGCUUCAGUAGACAGAAAGUAUCUUCUCCCGUAGGAAAAAAAGCCGGCUGCAAAAAUAUUUUGAUGUUAUGAGAGCUGCUCGACUGGAAGACUACUGUAAGGAGAUGUCCACAACAUACCUACGGUAGAUACUUUGGACUACUUAUCGGGCUUCAUAGCAUUUUGAGUAAAAUUUGAAGGACGCUUUCGUAAAUCAAUUAAAAAACGGGAUGGAAUUUAUAGAAAUGGUUAUUUUGAUAUGAAAUUUAGUCGUUUGUCCAGGCCUUGCUGCUGCAUAUUUUUUUCGGAUGAAAGGUUACAGAAUAACUUUUUUAGAUCUUUGAAAACCUAAAAAAAUUUGCGUUUCUGAACCAAAAAUUUUCACAGUUCCGAAUGGAUUAUCACAUCAGUGGAUAAAAAGCCAUCCAGCUUUAAAAUGUCAAUUCCCCUAAAAUAAUGGAGUAACUUUGAAAAGGUCUCCAGCCAUGAGAAGAAAGAAUUGAUUUAUCAAUUAUUUGAUUAUAACUUUAAAUUCUCAGAAAUCAAGCAGAAGAGGAGCCUUGUGACAUGGAUCUUGUCGAAGAACAACAAGCUGAAGCUGUGCGACAAGACGCUCUACCCAAUCUACUACCUGCUGCUUCUCCUCGGAAUCAACCAUUCCCUCCUGCCAAAAUACACGAUCCCAUUUCGAAUGUACAGUUGGAUCGUGUUUGGCGCCCUGGUAACGUUUCCAUUUCGUUAUGCAAAUUGCCAAUCGCAAAAUGGUUCAGUGUUUCACGACGGCGCGAAAGUUCUCCCAAAUCGGCAUGUGUCCGGAUGGAUCCCGUCUGCCUCUUGAUUCCGUCAUUGUAGAUCCUCGAUCGCUUCUCACUCUGUGCAAUGCCCUUGUCAUGGCCAGGUUUUGGCCUUGUUUGGAAUCAGACCAAAAAACGACUGCUCGAAAAAGUUAAAAGAAGGAAGUAAAUGCAAUGCAGGCCUGCAAAAAACUCUACAUAAAACGUGCAAAGAUGAAUUUAUUAUGUAGGACCUGAACCAUUGCACGCAGCCAUCUAUCUACUUUGAAUAAUUAAUUACUGGAAAAUCAAAGAGUAUUUUAAAAAAAAUUUGAUGAGGGAAGCUGAAAAGAGUCAAAAAAAUAAUGUUAUUUUUUAGUGGACUUCUUGCGGCAUCGCUUCUCUUCACCUUGGGAGGAAAAAAUCUUUUACCUUUAAAGGUAAGGACAUCAAAAAAUAUUAAUUCAUUUGUUGACAACUAACCUGGGUACCGCGCAAAAAAAGUUUUCCGCAUAAAGAAUAACAAUUAAAAUCAUCGAAUAAGUUUAGAUAGUUUUUCCACGGAAUUCUUCCAAUUUUCGACUUUUUUCAAACAUUCGGCUCUUGUUCACUGAUUUGCGGCUGCUGGAAAAAACUUCAGCAGCCGCAAACCAAACUUUUCAAAUGCACCGGACUUUUAAGUAUUCGUACACCAGAGAAAAAGCAAAUGAUGACUCAAUGAAUGGAUUGGCUAUAUGUGAAUAUUUUUGAAAGCAAUGCGUCUUGAGCAUCUCAGCGGCUACUAAUGCAAACGUUUCGAAAAGAUUGAAAUAAAGUUCUUUGGAAACUUUUGACCUUUUUGAUGCUUCUACUUUCUCUCAUAGUUGAGUUCAAAUCCGAAGACAUUAUCCACUUUCCGUCAGCUGAAGACGAAAGAAACAAACAUCUGUUUUAGAUCCUCUGCGAGAACUUGAAGGGCACGCGGUCGAAGGCAAGUGAGCAGCGGCAUCUCGCUUUCAACAGUUUCCUCGCCGGAAUCAGUGCCUUCCUGGCGUUCCUCAUGGCCUUCGUCUAUGCCAGUGAGAUUCUUGUUGUCGUAUCGUUUUUCCAUCCAUCGCUUCUAAAACUAUCGAGUUUCUUUCCACCGAUGCAAGGGACGACUCCAAUUCUUAAAUUAGAAGAAAAGUGACGUUGGAACGGGUGGGGAUAGAUGAGCAGGCAAAUAAAACGAAGAAAGUUGGAAAACAUGAAAUUUGGCAAUAAUUUCAUGGGAUUUGCAUUUGAAAUCUGCACAGAGAGGAAAGUUGAAAAACUUUAAUUAUUGAUAUAUUUCCUUCAUUGAGAAUGAAUUGGAGAAAAAAUAUAGUUGAAAAAGUUUGCUAGAAUCACUAGUUCAAUUGCAGCUCUCAUGUGUAAUUUUUCAGUGUCCAAAUAUGGGAUCAUCUCUUUGGCGGCUACCCCGAAUUUCAAAAGCGAAACAGUCUUCUGCGUCCUCAUUGACGCAUAUGCAGUAAGUACUCGUUCAGCAAAAAAAUCAUACCUCUAUAAAAUUCCCAAGUUUUCUCUGAAAAUUCCAAGUUCUAACUUUUUGCAACAUCAAUCGAUUAAUUGGUUUCUUUCAGAUCUUUGUUUCGAGAUGCGCCAUCACAACUCUGGCCAUUCUUUUCUGUUACCAUUGCAACAUUCUGAGAAAGAAUAUCAAAAAACUCAUCUUGGAAAUGGUCCCAGAGGACCAGGACGAGUGAGAGAAAUAUUCUACUAUAAAACUGAUUAGAAAGUAAAAUUUUAGAUGCCCUCUACCGGAGAUGUCGCUGAAGAAGAUCCACGAUGCACAAGUCGAAUAUCAGAAAAUCUUCAACGGGAAAACUGUCAUCGAAGAUUACUUCUCGUUUGCCCUAUUUUACUCGUAUGGUUGUUGUAUCCCCAUCUUCUGUUUGUUGAUGUAUGUUCUCCUCAAGUCGCAUCAGGUUUUUGAGGUAGAAGCGGUUGUGAGGCUCAAAUCACAAAAGUUUCCAGAUCUCCUGGCCUGAAACUCUCUCUAUCUCUAUUUGGAUCGUCAACGCAAUUAUCGUGCUUCUUCUGUUCAGCAUCCCGGCUUUCAUGAUUCACGAAGAAGUCAGUGACUUCUAUCGCUAGCCAAAGGGCAAAAAGCUCUCAUCAAUUAUCAUAAACCGCAAAAAAUAAGUUUCUCACGGUCCCCCGAGAUUUCAGGGAGACAAGCUCCUUUCGGCCUCCUUCCGGAUGUACCACGAAACUUUUUACGAAGAAAGAGAUCUUCUUGUGUUGGUGCGUUCGUUUGGAAUGAGUCAAAACAAAGUAGAGUUACAAUUAAGGCGCAAAUGACAUUCUUCGCCAUCCAAAUCCACUCGACGAAGCUCACUCUGUCCGCAUGCAACUACUUCUACAUGAACCGCAGGAUUCUCCUCAGUGUGGGUCAAAAGAUUAGAAAUAUGUAUAUGGAAAGGCUUUCAACCGUCCAUGAAGUUACAGUUGAAAAGGAACAAAAUUCAUGGUACAUAAAUUAAUCGAGUAUGAUGAAAAAAGUUGAGCUCUGGAGAAUAACCAUACAAAAGAAUCGAAUGAUUCUCUGGUCACUUGAGUUUUAUUUCCUCCACUUUAAGCGCUUUCUCCGUUUUCUCCACUGCAAAAACCCUCGUAGAAAUGAGAUAAUUGCAGCUUUUCUCGGCAAUCAUCACCUACUUCUUGAUCCUGAUGGAGUUCGACAUGAAGACACCUUCGAUCUACGCGUCCCAGAACUACACGACGUGCCAAUGAGCAAACAUUGCACUCGACUAUAUCUUGCAUAAAAUUCAUGAGAGUUCGAAAAGCCCCAAAUUAAGCACUUUAUGCAGAUUGAUGGCUUCUGAAAGCAGUGGACUUUGAGUAAAUUCAUCCGUUUUUUUGGCCGAUGUACUAUUUUUGAAUAAAAAAACUGUUUGUCACUUUUUGUUUAUGAAAAAAAUUUCAAAGAGCAACGGAAGUAUGUGCCUUUAAAAAAAUUCAAAAAAAUUCCUAGUAAAAAAAUAUUUCAUGAAUAAAAAAAUCUGCCAUGCUCUCAAAGUGAUAUAUUUUGGAUUUUUUUCUCAAAGUGGACAAAUUCUUUAGUCUAAAUGAUCAAACCGAGAAACUGAAAAAAACGAAAAUUGUUUUUUUGUGAAAAUCUAGAAAAAAAUAAAACAAAAAGGCCUUCACUGUCCAUUCAAAUUCGUUUUUUUUAACCUUCACAUCUUUUCAAGUAAAUUUCAACAAAAAAUGUUCUCUUUUAGCUGACUAACGAGUACUUGGCGCAAACCAAUUCUAGUCUGGCAACUGAACGGUUUUGGCAGCCAGAUUGGAGAGCCGACAGAAAGUCGGCAGAUUGUAGCUUUGCUGCGGAUUACAGCCAACUGCGAAGAGAACCGGAUGUUUCUAACCGCUUUCACUCCUGAUCUCAUAUUGUGA